AUGACUGAUCGUCUGGCUAACGGAGAUCAACAAAUGCUCUUAGAGACCCUGAAGCAGAUAGAAAUCAUAAACAGUCCUUUGCCAUUAGAGGCAGUUGUCAAAAAGGAGAAAAAUGUCCACAAAGAUUAUAAGUAUGAUUACGCUGAGGAGCAGGAACAACGAAAAGCCAGGCACACGCAAACCCAUGAAACUGACAGCGAAAUAGAGAGGAUGCGGUUGGAGUUUGAGCUGACCAUACUGAAGCGGCAGCAUGAGGAGAAUGACAGGCAACGGCUGCAUGAGGAAAAGAUGGAGCACAUACGCCAGGGAUCUCCCUCCAGGAGUGGUGCUCAUGUGGAAGAGGAGCAGUUUGUGGGUAAGCUGGACCCCAUUACAGAAAUUGAACUGGAGAAGUUGCGCAUGGAGUUUGAACUGGCCAAACUGAAGCACAUCUCUGAGGAGAAUGAGAAGCAACGACAACAUGAGCAAAAACUAUAUGAAGAGAAAGAGAAACAGAGGCAGCAUGAAGAGAAGAUGGAGCAAAUGCGCCAGAGGCAAGGAAACCUCCAUAUAGUGAGCCAGAAAGUAUCUGGGUGCAGCCCAGCAGAAGCCACAACUGAAACAGCUUCUGUGGCCUUUACUGAGAUGGGUAAGAUGAGGAUAGAGCUCCAGCUGGCUUUGGAGGUAUAUAGGCCGGAGAUGAAAGAAAAGAAGCUCUCAGGUGAGCAAAAUGGGCAUCAAGAGACCCCAAAAUGUGAACAGCAAUUAGAGACCACCUCAGAGGUAAAAAAAGCCAAUAUGCCCCCAGAGCAACGGAAUGAUGGGGUGACUGAACACCUGGGCCUGCAGGUGCCACGCAUUGUGGUCAAUGGGGCAGAGUCACAAUGGUCCAGCAGUAGACUGGACUUGGCCAUCGAGACAGAGCUGGAAAAGAGGCGGAUGGAGUUUGAACUAACGAGGCUGAGAUAUGAGCAUGAAGAGAAUGAACGUCAGCGCCAGCAUGAGCAGAAAAUGGAGCAGUUGCGUCAGCAACGACAACAUGAGGAGAAAAUGGAGGAAAUGAGGUUGCAGGCACCAUCAGGACAGGUUUCAGGAGGUGGCCAUCAUUUCCUCUUACCACAUGACCCGCUUACCUUAUUCUUAUACUGCUUCAUCUUCAUACACCUCAUCUAUAUAGCAAAAGAGCUUAUCUUCUUCUUUUUUAAGAAGCACGGGAUGUUUGCCAUUGGUGCUGUCCUAAUAUUUGCAAUUAAGAUAUUCUGGAAUUAG